AUGAAGCGGUCGAUGUGGCCCUGCGAUUUCAGUCAAUGCAACAAACCUGCAACGCGCGUCCUUGGCGAUUGUGUGAUAUGUGGGAGUCAUCUCUGUUAUGAACAUCUUCAGGAGCGUUCUCAUACUUGCCCGUCCCCUCAAGACCAAGAUUACGAUCAACAGCUUGACAAAGCAGAGGAGAAUGAGAUUGCGCAAUUACUGCAUCGGAUUAAUUUCGAACAGCUUGAACUGAGAGCAAGCUCUGUACGCAACAACAUUCCUUGUCGAGUCGAAAUGCCUAAGAAUGACAAAGAUUCAAGAUGGUCCAUGAUGGGUGGGAUGAACCUUCACGUAAGGAUCAUCUUCGAAGACAAAGUCUGCUGGAUAGCCCGUAUACGGCGCUCCAACGCGACAUCACCACCAUCAGAGUUACGAGAUCGUAUCUUCAUGAGUGAGAUCCAAACGCUACUUUUCCUCCAGACGACCAACAUACCAACGCCGAAAGUAUGGGACUAUGCUCUAGAAGGACCAGAGAAUCCUGUUCGAGUUGGGUAUAUCCUCAUGGAUUGCAUGCCGGGAAAAUCCCUUGAUCGGUUUUCACUAUCCGAAGAAGGAAGAGACAAGAUCAUCGCACAGAUUGCGGACAUCUAUUUGCAACUCCGCGAAUUUCCCUUUGAUCGGAUCGGGUCUAUAGAACAGGCUGACGAGAAACACGUGGGACCUCUUGCUCGAGAGUGUUUUACCGAUUUCACCGAUUCCGGCAUUCGACCCCUCGGCCCUUUUUCAGAUCUGCAAAGCUACUACAAAGCCUCGAUUCAGCUACUGCUCGAUCUCAUUCACCGCGGCGAGAUACAUGCAGACAGGCCAACAUAUCUCAAGCACGCCGAUGACAAGGGGAGCCAUAUACUCGUCGAUGAAGAAAUGAACAUCACUGGAAUCAUCGAUUGGGAAUGGGCAUUCACAACGACAGAGCAUCUGGCCUUCAAUUCCCCAAUGCUGCUACUCCCAACCUGGGAUUUCUUUCAGGGUCUCGGUCGGAUCGGUGAGGAGGAACAACUGUUUGCCAAGUGCUUGGAAGCAAAGGGAGCCUCUGAUAUGGCGUCCUUUGUACGGGAAGGCAGAAAGCACCAUCAAUUCGCCUUUCUGUGUACUUUUGAUCUUGGUAUCAGCUUCCAAGAUCUGCAAAGCUUGUUUGGGGGGCUUCUAAACAGUAUGAAGGGUGUUGACGGACACAGCUGGGAAGAAUGGAGACAACAAGCUUUAAAACAGUUCGACCAGGAUCCUAGGUUAACCGACAUCCUGAGCAGGUCCGAGGGAUGA